AGCCUAUCUUCUUGGGGAAUGAUGCGCUGUCAGCGAGGGUAUCAUAUAAAAGGCCAUCCAGGGAUGGUGUUUUGAAAUUGGCAGAGAAGUUUAAGAUGCUAAGGAAGAUUUUAGAGGAAAAUUUCAGAAGAAAACCUGAGUUUGAAGGGAAGCUGCUAAUCUGACUUGGAGCUGUGCUGCUGUGAUUAGAUCUGUAAUUUAACAGCGGUCCCUAAUAUUGCUAUUUCCUGAUAUCUGUGAACCGCAGAAUAUGGCUUCCAUUUCACCUGCUUCUAAUAGACCCAUGAGACCGGACAAGAAUGCCUAUGAGGGAAAACGGUCUGUAUAUGUUAAGAAUCCUUACCUGGAUGCUAUGGAUGAAGAUAUUCUCUAUCACUUGGAUUUAGGAACCAAAACACACAACCUUCCAGCAAUGUUUGGGGAUGUAAAGUUUGUCUGCGUCGGUGGGAGCCCCAACAGAAUGAAAGCAUUUGCACAGUUUAUGCACAAGGAACUCCAGUUGGAAGGGGAUGGAGAAGACAUUGAAGACAUCUGUGCAGGGACAGACAGAUACUGCAUGUUCAAAACAGGCCCUGUGCUCUCCAUCAGUCAUGGGAUGGGCAUCCCCUCCAUUUCUAUCAUGCUCCACGAACUCAUCAAGUUACUCCACCAUGCACGCUGCUGUGACGUCACCAUCAUCAGAAUCGGAACGUCGGGGGGAAUUGGGAUUGCCCCGGGGUCUGUUGUAAUAACAGACACGGCUGUAGAUCCUUUCUUCAAGCCUCGGUUUGAGCAGAUCAUCUUGGACAACGUGGUGACCCGAAGCACUGAACUUGACAAGGAGCUGGCUGCUGAUUUGCUCAACUGUAGCAGAGAGAUCCCCAACUUCCCGACCCUCAUUGGACACACGAUGUGUACCAACGAUUUCUAUGAAGGCCAGGGCCGCCUAGAUGGAGCGUUAUGUUCCUUUUCGCAAGAAAAAAAGCUAGACUACUUGAGGAGAGCACACAAAGCUGGCGUCAGGAACAUCGAGAUGGAGUCGACGGUGUUCGCAGCCAUGUGUGAACUGUGUGGUCUGAGAGCUGCCGUGGUCUGCGUGACACUUCUUGACAGACUCGAGAGUGACCAAAUCAAUUUGUCCCAUGAUGUCCUGGUGGAGUACCAGCAACGGCCACAGCUCCUAAUCUCCAAUUUCAUCAAAAAACAGCUUGGACUUUGUAGCCAGAUGUCCCACCCAUCUCCUGUGAGCUGGUAGAUGAUAGAGUUGUGGUGCCGAAGCCGUGUGUUGUCUAUAACAUUCUUAUGCAAUCCUCAUCCUUGGGCUAAAAUCAUAAAAGAUUUUGUGAACUCCUUUAUCUCAAAGUUGAACUUAUUGUAAGAGAACUUAAUACCCAUGUGAAGUUAAGUUCAAAUUCCUUUUUAGAACCAGUUAACUAAAGCCUUGUAAUAAUUAGUAUUUUAAACUCAUGAAUUGUGACAUUUGGAGUUUCAUAUGCAGCAUUAAUCAAGCUUACAUCAAAACAGAGCAGCCAUUUGGAGAUGGUUACCAGUUGCUUGCUGAAGCAGAUCCAGAAGUGUGUGUUAGGAUGUUGUCAGCACGUCUAGGUGUUGGACAAGUGACAAAAACCGAUCAUGCACAUUCCAAAUAUUUACAAAAAUGUGUCAUUGUAAUAUUAGUCUGUAUGGAAGAAUUAUCCUUGGGGAAAUAUGGCCAUGCUUUUUUUCUAUCCCUACACAACUUCAGGGCACACACAGAAUGGAAUUAGAAGUUUUUGAAUGCCUCCAUUUGUGAUUUUCACAAAACGCAACAGCUUGAGAUCACACAUUUUUUUUUUUCAAAUGCAAAGCCCCUUUCUCUUCAGAAAUCAGAAGUGACUAAAUUACCUUCUAGCAAUCGUUUUUUCCUAUAAGAAAAUAUGUCAUGGGAAAGCUGUAUUUAUUGUUGUUGUUUCAAUAUGAACUGGAUAACUGAAGAAUUAGUUAACCAAAUUGAAACUCGAAAUCAAGAUGGUGAAAGAAUCCCUCUGCGUAACUUCGAGGCAGGUUUGGUUCAGAGCCUGCACAUAUGCCUCCCCGGUUGACCCCAAGAGGUCAUACAGCAGAGGCUCCACGAAUUCAUCCCCCCUCUAAGGUUCUUCUGAACAUUUAGGAACCGGAGAGACUGAUGCAGUAAGAGUGGAGGAGGCCUUGCAAACUUGUAUAGUAUGUAAUGUUGUGUAUAUAUAUUUAUAUGGCUCUGGAACAAAUAAAAUUUAACCCCCACCAUGCAUGCAGUAUUUGGAUCCUGGACCACACAAGGCAGGAUUCCCUGCUGGAAUCAGCAGGCUCCAGGCUAGCUGAGUCUGAACUGGCCAGUGCCCGAGACAAGAAUGGUUUUCUCUUUUAAGCAGCAGCAAUAAAGGAUCCCCUAAAAGGUG